AUGACCUGGAUCCUCUCCCCCCAUUCCCGGACCAUGUCCAGUACAACCACUACGGUGACCAGAUUGGUAAGUCAGUCCUCAAAGCGUCCUCAGUGCUGCCACAACAUCACCACCACAGAAGUGAGUCCUCGACCUCCUGAGGAACAGUUCCAGUCCCAGCAGCAAGUCCCACAGGAAGUCAUCCCAGCCCCCACCCCAGAACCACCCAUUCCAGGGGACCUGGAGACUGAACCCACGGAGCCCGGGCCUCUUGACUGCCGCGAGGAACAGUACCCAUGCACUCGCCUCUACUCUAUCCACAAGCCUUGUAAGCAGUGUCUCAAUGAGGUCUGCUUCUACAGCCUUCGCCGGGUGUAUGUCGUCAACAAGGAAAUAUGUGUCCGUACUGUCUGUGCCCAUGAGGAGCUCCUCCGAGCUGACCUGUGCCGGGACAAGUUCUCCAAGUGUGGCGUGAUGGCCGUCAGUGGCCUGUGCCAAUCUGUGGCUGCCUCCUGUGCCAGGAGCUGUGGGGGCUGCUAGGGUGGAGCUGGUGUGGAAUCCGAGUCGGACCCAGCUCGGAUCCACCUCAGGCCCCA